AUGGACAGAAUAAAUGACUUGAGCGAUAGGGCUAGGGCGUACCCCUCAGGCGACGCGCAGGGGCAGCACCCGGCUCUUGUGAGAAGUGGACAAGGGUUGUCGCACCAGAACGGGCGGGUGCGACGUAAGAAGCGAGCCCAGAGUGUGAGAGAAAUAAGGUUGAGGUGUGCGAGCUGGAAUAUAGGAACGAUGACUGGAAGAGGAAGAGAGCUGGCAGAUGUGUUAAAAAGGCGAAGAAUAAAUGUAGCGUGUCUGCAAGAAACAAAAUGGCGGGGUGGAAGGGCUCGAGAGAUAGGAGAAGGAUAUAAGUUUUACUAUUGUGGUAGUGAUGGAAAGAGAAAUGGUGUGGGUGUAGUUCUAGACAACAGGUUGAAAGAAAGUGUGGUUGAUGUUAAAAGAGUGAAUGAUAGACUGAUAGCGGUUAAAGUGAUUGUGGACGACAUCAUCUUCAACAUAGUAAGUGUAUAUGCGCCACAAUCAGGUUGUGAAGAGAGUGUGAAGGAGAAGUUUUGGAACGACUUUGACUGUUUGAUGAUGAAUGUGCAGGAUAAUGAGGAAGUGUUUAUAGGUGGUGACUUUAAUGGACACGUAGGAAGAGAGAGUGAUGGAUAUGAGAGAGUGCAUGGUGGUCGGGGAUUCGGAAACCGGAACACUUACGGCGAGGCACUGUUACAAGCUGCCUGUGCUUUCGACCUGGCCAUAACUAAUACGUGGUUUAGGAAAAGAGAGGAACACCUUAUAACCUACAAGAGUGGCCACCACGCGACACAGAUAGACUUUCUCAUAAAUUUUUCUCAAAAUUUCUUUCUAAUAAAGCGAAGGAGUCUAUGCUGUGUUAAAAACUGCAAAGUGCUGCCAGGCGAAGCAUUAGUUACCCAACACAGACUGAUUGUUUUGGAGGCCAAAUUUAGUGUCUCGCCCAAAAUCAGGAAACACCGACCCCCCCCAAAGACACGAUGGCGUAUGUUACAGAAGGAAGAAUGUGCUACUAUGUUUAGGAAUCAAGUUGUGGAUAAGAUGACGGAAAUGAGUGAGAUGGAAGGAAAAUCUGUGAAUGAAUGCUGGAGUGAGAUGGCAAAGUGUAUAAGAGAAAGCGCAAAAGACGUAUGUGGAGAGUCAAAAGGUAAAGGUUUGAUAGACAGGGAUACAUGGUGGUGGAAUGAAGAGGUACAAAACGUCCUUAAAGAAAAAAAGGCCGCGUUUAAAGAAUGGCAAGGGGUAGAAAUUAUGAAUGCAAGUUUGAAAGAUGAGAAAAAGGCAUUUUACAAUGAAUGCAAGAAGAGAGCAAAGAAGGCGGUAGCAGUUGCCAGGGCUAGGGCGCAGGAGAGGUUAUACGAAACUCUAGAUAGCCCUAGUGGCCAAAAGGUACUCUACCGAAUUACAAAAGAGAGAGAAAGACGAGCAAGAGAUGUAAUACAUAUGAAAUGCAUGAAAGAUGAGUGUGGAGAUUUAUUAUGUGAAGAUGACAAAAUAAAAGAGCGAUGGAAGGUGUAUUUUGAAAAACUUAUUAACGAAGAGAAUGGCUGGAAUGGUUUACUUCAAGAGGCACAGGUUAAUAAGGGAUUGAUAAGAGAAAUUAGCAUGGAGGAAGUAAUGACAGCAGUUAAAGGCAUGAAAGAUGGUAAGGCUUUGGGACCGGAUGAAAUACCAGGUGAAGUAUGGAAGGUGCUAAAGUAUGAAGGAUAUGUGUGGCUGACUUUGUUCUUCAAUAAGUUGUUGCAUGAAGAAGACAUCCCACAAGAAUGGUGUACCAGCUCGCUAGUGCCCAUCUUCAAAAAUAAAGGGGAUGUUCAAGAUUGCAACAACUAUAGGGGGAUAAAGCUCACAUACUAUGAAAGUAUGGGAAAAGGUGUUAGAGAAAAGAUUGAGAGAAGAGAGUGA